GAUGAAAGGAGAGGCGGGGGGCGCGGUGGAGGAGGAACUCCCCCGGGCAGUCUUUUCCCUCUUGCGGGAGUCGGUGCUUGAGAAAAAAGGGCGUCUGGCUGUGAUUUGGGGGAAUAGGCGAAGACGCCUCCUGCAGAAGUUUGGAUGAUGACGAUGAACUCUCUAGCCGAGAGCCUGCUGGGGCCUCCGGACCCGUCUAAGGCGGCCUUCCUGGACUUCGGGCUGGGCCCCCCUCCUUCUCCUCCUCCUCCUCAGCAGCAGCAGCCGCACCCGGCCAGCCUGGCGGCGCCCCCCUACCCUCUCCAAGCCCUGCACCCCCCGCAGCAGCACGACGGCGGCUCCUUCCCGGCCGCCGCCUCCUACGGCAGACCCCUGGCGUAUCCCCCCUACCCCGGGGCGGCGAGCGGCAGCCCCCACGCCUUCUAUCACCACCAUCACCACCACCACGGAGCCUCCUACUCGCCUUACCAGCAGACCUCCAGCGCCCUGGGCCACGGGACGAGGCUGGAGGAGACGGAGCUUGAGAAAUCCACCAUCAUUGAGAAUGGGGAAAUCCGCAUCAACGGGAAAGGGAAGAAGAUCCGGAAGCCGCGCACCAUCUACUCCAGCCUCCAGCUACAGGCGCUCAACCAGCGCUUCCAGCAAACCCAGUACCUGGCGCUACCUGAGCGGGCAGAGCUGGCGGCACAGUUGGGCUUGACUCAAACACAGGUCAAGAUCUGGUUCCAAAAUAAGCGUUCCAAAUUCAAAAAAAUUAUGAAGCAGGGCUCCGGCAUCCAAGAAGACCAUCUCCACAGCUCCUCAUCUUUGUCCCCCUGUUCCCCUAACAUCCCCCCACUCUGGGACAUCCCCAUGGCAUGCAAAGGAACCCCCCUGCCCCCCAACAGCUACAUCAACAGCUUCGGACCUUGGUACCACCAGCCACAACACCAAGACAACAUGGGGAGGCCUCCGGUGAUGUGAUGCAGACGGCACUUGGGACAUCCAUCCAUCUAGUGUGUGCCAUUUUCCAAAGCUCACCACCAAGGUCUUUGGAGCAGGGAAAUGCUCAUGGAGGAGAUGGCUUCUUGGAAGGAAUCUCCAGCCCUUCUCUUGAGAUGAGAAGCUGCCUGGCAGGAGAGGACUGCAGAUGCACCAGUGGACAUCUAUGUAGGCCAUGGACUGAAUUUAACAACUAUGACAGAAUGUGUGAAGUGGAGACAGGAAAGAAACCUCCCAAUAAAACUUAACCAGAAGUCUUGGCCCCAUUUCAAGCAGUGGUGCUCUCUCAUGGAUUUGCAAGAGCUGUGUUAGCAUAGAAACAUAGGAAGCUGCCAUAUACUGAGUCAGACCAUAGGUCCAUCUAGCUCAGUGUUGUCUACUCAGACUGGUAGCGGCUUCUCCAAGGUUGCAGGCAGGAGUCUCUCUCUCAGCCCUAUCUGGAGAUGCCAGGGAGGGAACUUGGGACCUAGAUGCUCUUCCCAGAGCAGCCCCAUCCCUUAAGGGGAAGAUCUUACAGUGCUCACACAUCAAGUUUCCCAUUCAUAUGCAACCAGGGUGGACCCUGCUUAGCUAGGGGGACAAGUGGCUGGUCUUGUGGUUGCAAGCAUGACAAGACUUAGCAUUUUGCGCUUAAGAUAGUCUCAUGAAUGACAUGGCCCUGUUUUGGUUCUAGUGAUGUGAGUAGGGUUAGAGUAAGUUGCCACCUCUCUCGUUUUUUCUCCAGGCAAGGAACCUGUCUUGAACAGUGCGAUGGCAGACAAGUGGUGCUUUCCCUGACAUGGAGGUGCAGGGAUGGAAAGGCUUCGUCUGUUGAAUUUCUGACUGUUAAGUGAUUGCUAAAGGCACAGGAGCUUUGCCAAGAAAAAAAAGUCAGCAGCUCUCCUUAGUGUAGCAUGCUAAUGAGCUGCACUGGGCUAUUUUUCAGACAGGUAUUAGAAAAAGGAAUGCAGAACCGGAUAGAAAAAUAAGAGAAAGCCUACACAUUGGCACAACUUAAUGAUUUUGGAAGCAGAAUACCGGUUAACUGGGAGAUAGCAAAAUCAUCUCACUGGAUUAAAACUGGCGAGAACUUUACCCAUCCAAAUGGGUUCAGUAUAGUCCCACCUCCUUCCUCCAAAAGAAAUAGGUGGUGGAUGUAGGUCCCCCAUUUCCAUACAGGUCCCCAACUUGCUCCUGCAGAAAAAUACUUCUAUAUAUUCAAACACUUUCUACAAAGCCAAAUUUGCCUCAAGGUUUGUCUGUGUUACUCAAAUAUAUUUUUAAAAAUUGUGUUUAAACCAGGAUUGUUUACACUUAAUGAAAAGUUUGUGGAAUGUAAUCCCUUUGAUCUCUCCCCCUCCCUCUCCCCAAAAAGAUGAUUUGUGUUUGUUUCAGUCACUACAUAAAGUCUCCCCCCACCAAAAAUAAAUAAAUAACUUGAGACUAUUUAACUAAACCAACUAACUAAUUUAACUUUACUUUCCCCCACACUUUGCCAAGCAUAAUGACAAAAAUUUUAUUUAUUGAAAUAAAACUUUUGGUAUACGGUAUUGUUUUCUCUUUAUAAAAAGAAUGUAAAACUAUAAAUGUUUUUUUUUU